AGACGGGCUGACGACACAGGACAAGACGGAGAGACGCACGGCACGGGCGGUUCCCGGUUCUUGUUCUCUUUCCCUCCGCCGCCGCCGCCGGGCGCGAUGGCGGGCGACACGCCGGCGCCCAAGAGGCCCAAGCUCGAGAAGGAGGACUACGAGUCCGCCUACUGGCCGCGCCCCUCCCCCGCCAAUGGCUCCGCGCCCAAACCCCCCGCAAACGAAGCGCCGCCGGCGAAGGCAGACGACAUGCCGGAGGAGGCGGCGCUCGCCAUCAUCGCGCACCACGAGCGCGACAUAGAGCACUGCAAGCUCAAGCUCAUCCAGUACCAGUCCAUGCUGGACAAGGCGGAGAGCAAGCUGGCGGACGCACAGUCGAGGCUCGCCCUGUACAAGGAUCGCGCCCGCGAUGGGAAGGCUCCCGCGCCGCCCGAUCGCAGGACGCCGCCGCCUCUGGGCCAGAGGGAAUCCAAGCGGAAGAUCCCUGCGCAGGAUACGGCGGCGGCGAGGCCGCAGCUAGUCAUCCCGGGGCCCAACAGCCGGCAGGCCCUGCGACCCGCGCCUCGCCCGGAUCCCUUGCCCGGUCCGAAGAAAGCCGCCGCCGCACCGACGCCGUCUUCGUCAUCCACGCCGCCUGAUCGGCAGAGGACCGAGGAGAAGAAGAAUAAGCCCAAGAGGAAAACUGAAGAGAAAGAGCACCAAAACUUGAUUCAGAGCGUGAAGAAGUUGUCUGCCACAGUGCUCAGGUUCCAUGGCGGCACUCUGGUCUCAAGCCAGCACAAGAGGAAGCUUAGGUGUCUUGAGCUAUGCCCUGCUAAUGACCAGCUUGUUGUCACCAGUGCAUUGGAUGGAAUAGUUACUCUGUGGCAAGUACAAUCAAAAGGACCAUCUAUCUCCUUGCUUAGCACUACGAAUUGCUUUUCUCCAAAGCAAAGGUGGCCUGAGGAUGUAGCUUGGCAUCCAGAUGGUGACACAAUUUUUGCUGUAUAUAGUGCUGAUGGUGGCGACUCCCAGGUCUCAAUGAUGAAUCUUAACAUAUCAGGACAAAAGAAAGUUACUUUCCUGCCGGCGAAGCCUCAUACUAAGGGAAUCAUAAACAACAUAAAUUUCAUGCCCUGGUCUGAUGCUGGCUUUAUGACUGCUGGAAGUGAUCACAGUGUCAUACUCUGGCAAGAAAAGGAUGAUUCAUGGAGCCACAAGAAAGUGCACAAGGAAUUGCAUUCUUCCGCUGUCAUGGGUGUUGCUGGAUUGCAGCAGAGAAAAACAAUAAUAUCUGUCGGUGCUGACAAGAGGAUAAUAUCAUUCGAUCUCUCAGCUGAAAGGGCAGAGUACAAAAACCUAAUUGAUAGCAAAUGCAUGAGUGUCUUACUGAAUCCGUGUGAUUUCAACUUAUACAUGGUACAAACAGCGUCGCCGGGCAGGCAGCUUCGCCUGUUUGACAUCAGGCUUAGGCAGACCGAGGUUCACGCACUCGGUUGGAAGCAAGAGAGCAGCGAGUCCCAGUCAGCCCUGAUAAACCAGGCAUGGUCUCCCAAUGGCUGGUACUUGUCAUCUGGCUCGGCAGACCCUGUGAUCCAUAUCUUCGACAUAAGGUAUCAAGGCGAGAACCCCUGCCAAUCUGUGCAAGCGCACCAGAAGCGGGUCUUCAAGGCAGUUUGGCACCAAACGUUCCCUGUCCUGACCUCGAUUUCGUCGGACCUCAACGUCGCAAUCCACAAAUAUUCAUGAAACAACUAGUUGGCGCAGUGGAUCAUCCAUGAUUUUGCGAUGAACUCACAAAAUACGGCGCCAUCAAGUCGUGCGGAAUUUGUUUGUUCAUUCAUGCCAUGCGUCAGUGGAGUUCCAUAGGAGAGGUGGCAGCAACGUCUCCACAUUUUUGAGCUACUGUGGCAGCAACAUCUGUCAAUGACAGAGUGAUGCAUCAGUUGAAUGUUUUGCCCUUGUUGUUACCUGUAGAGGAUUAUAUGAGGAAUCUCACAUAUGUUGAAAACUAUCCCAGAAGAAAUGUUGUUCUUUUUCCUCUUCUUGCCUUUUUGUAGGCCCAGUUGGUGUAUUAGUACAAAUUCCAGAGAUCUAAGGUCAAAGUGACAAUCUCAACUGAAAGGAACCUAGCUGUUCAGUCCAAAAACUUGUGUGGUCAAAAUCUUGCAUAAUCCUGUUGUUCAGUCAA